GGAAAACAGAAAUGGAAGAUUACAGUGAAUAUUACUAUCUAGAUGAUAAUGACAUUCAACCGUGUAACAAUGGCAAUGUUCGGGAGUUUGGUCGCAUCUUCCUCCCCACCCUCUACAGUCUGGUCUUCAUCGUGGGCCUCAUGGGAAAUGGACUGGUGGCUCAUGUGCUGGUGGCUUACCACAGGAGGGCCAUGACUAUGACCGACUUCUGUCUCCUCCACUUGGCCGUGUCCGACCUGCUCUUCAUUAUUUCUCUGCCCUUCUGGUCCUACUAUGCAGCAACAGAAGACUGGCCCUUUGGGGACUUCUUGUGCAAAACUGUGACUGGUCUGUACCUGCUGGGCUUUUAUGCCAGCAUCUUUUUCAUGGUGCUGAUGAGUGUGGAUCGCUAUGUGGUCAUCGUCCACGCUGUCACCACUGCCCGACACAGAUCCAUGCAUGUGGGCAUGGCCCUGUGUGGAGUGAUCUGGGUCAUCAGUCUCUGUGCCUCUCUCCCAACCAUCAUCUUCACACAAGCGGUGAACGAGUCUGCUUCUUUCACCUGUAAGGAGGAGUUUCCUCAGGACAGCAAAUGGAAGGAGGUCACAUAUUUUCAAAUUAACCUGUUAGGGUUAUUGCUUCCUCUCUGUAUUAUGGUGUUCUGUUACUCCAGAAUAAUCCCCACUUUAGUCACACUGAGAUCUGUCCAAAAGCACAAAGCCAUCAGAUUAAUUUUCAUUAUUGUGAUUUUGUUCUUCCUUUUCUGGACUCCAUACAAUAUCUCCAUAUUCCUGCUUGCUCUGCAAACUUUAGGCUACUUCAGUGACUGUGAUUUCAGCCAGAAUCUAGUUCUUUCUCUGCAUUGGACUGAGACCAUUGCGUUCACUCACUGCUGUUUGAAUCCAAUCAUCUAUGCUUUGGUGGGACAGAAGUUUCAGAGAAGGGUCCUCAAAUUGCUUAGGAAAUGGUUUCCAUGCAUUUUCUCAUGUAAUUCCUUAAAUUCUUCUCCUGUGGACCUGUCUGACAGAAUAUCCUCAUAUUCCAGAUCAACAGAGCAUAAAUAGUACAAGGGUUAUGUGACUGGGUUUGAAAAUACAUCUUUAUUUUUUCAUGUUUAGCUAUUGCUUAUUAUUAAUAUAAUUAGAUGUAUAAUAAAUAUAAUUUGAUAUAAAUAUAUGAUAUAUAUGUAAAAAAGCCAAAUGUAUUGAGCCUUUACAAGAAAUGUAUUUUAAAAAUGAAUGAUAUUGAAGGGUUAAUUUGAGGAAUAUAGGUAAGGCCUGUAGCGUAGUGAUUAAGGUGCAUGACUGGGACACACAAGGUUGGUGGUUCGAUCCCCGGUGUAGCCACAAUAAGAUCCGCACAGCCGUCAGGCCCUGCUUUGCUCCAGGGGAGGAUUGUCUCCUGUUUAGUCUAAUCAACUGUAUGUUGCUCUGGAUAAGAGUAUCUGCCAAAUGCCAUUCAUGUAAUUAAUAUAACACAUACAAACUGAAUUUCUGAAAUAUAAAUGAUUAUGAAAUGGAAACACCAAAAUAUAGAAUGUUCACACUUCAGCUGAAAAAGUAAUCAAUUUAUUUAAUGUGUUAUUGCUUUACUGUUUGACAUUUUGACAGACACGUCCAAAGAGAAAAUAAAAAAAUAUGGAGAUAAUGCAAAAAGACCAAUAAUAGUUCAGAAUAAAUGACCUGGUGUUAUGGUAUUGGAAGCAACAAGAUGUACAUCUCAUAGUGUCAUGUAAUACAGUAUUGCAUAUUCUUUGGUUCCAAGAAAUACUAAGAAAAUACAAGAAAUACAAAAAAGUGAAAGUGAAAAUGUGUCCCAUUAAGCCUGAAGUACACCAAAGCAGAAAUGAUACUGUGUAGGUCAGAUAGUAUCAUUUCUGCUUUGUUUUUUCAGCCUUCCAGCUGCACACUCCAAUUAGUAUGGCAUGCUUUUGAUCACUGCACUGGUAGAAUUUCCUCUGGUUUCCGAGAGAAAUUAACAUAUUACUGCUAUUAAGAGAAAAGCAGAUGUCUGAGAACAUAUAGCCUUGUGGUACAUUCAUCUGCUUUGCUGCCUAUGUAUUUUAAAGCAGCUGCCUACACUGCAAAAAAAGUGUUUUAUUCUUGUAAGUGCCGUAAUUAUUAUUACGUUUUAUUAUUCAAGCGCUGUUGCCUAAAAUUGUUAUUGAGAAUGUGUUAGUUGACUAGGGAACGAUGUCAGCAUUUAAUAACAUUUAAUGUGCAUGUAUGUUAAAAGUGCACGUUACCCUGUGUGGGGUUUGGGGGCGGCUGGGGGGCUAUCGGCCAGCCGCCAUUAAAACGUUGCGUUGAAA